ACACCGGCACGUGCCAGGCCUUGCAGGGCCUCCAUGCCCUCAGCUUCUACAGCGGCUUCCUGUCCCUCAUGGGCCUCACCGUGGACCGCUAUGUAGCCAUCGUGUGGGCACCCGUCGCCCACCGCCUGCACUCCUCCACCACCUGCUGGGGUCAGCUUUGCUCAGGGCUAGUGUGGCUGUUCUCCAUGUCUGGCCUCCCCAUUUCUUGGGUGGUGGACGUAACAGCAGCAGUCAGCCUGGCGCAAGUGGCCUUGGGUUUUGCGCUCCCAUUCGCAGUCAUGGCCGGCCUGCUACACAGCGAUCACCUGACUAAGACUAAGGACUCUUGCCUAGAGGAUGGCGGACAUCACAGGGGUGUCAGCCUGGUGCAAGUGGCCUUGGGUUUUGUGCUCCCAUUCACAGUCAUAGCGGCCUGCUACACAGCAAUCACCUGUGCUCUCCUGGCCUCCCUGUGUGCCCAGUCUCUCAAGGCCCUGCGCUUGAUUUUGGCCCUGGUCUUGGUCUUCCUGGCUUUGCAGUUGCCCUAUGCACUGCUUACCUCACUGGACAUGACCGCUUUGAUGGGACACCAGGCGUUGAGCUGCAAAGUCAUCCUCCGCCGGGACUUGGCCUCCUCAUCACUAGUG